GACCAUACUGGAAGAAGCCUUGUCACCGACAGGCCAUUUAUUCUGAUCAAGUCUCUACAAUAUAUUGGGAAAUAAAUAUCAAUUUUAUUUUUCUAGGGCCGUCUAUUUUGAAGAUGGCCGCCGACAACAUGUUAAAAGAAGGUUUUCAAACCCAGUUUGCCUCGGUUAUGGAGACUGUACUGAAGACUGCAGUAACAGAGACAACGAAACUUUUCGAAACAACCAUUGAGGAACUGCGAGCCGAAAUAUCUCGAAUAAAAGAAGAGAAUGAUGAUCUAAAAUCGAAGCUUCGUUCUCUUGAAAAUGAGAAGAAAUCGACCGGUGAAAGUGAAAGCCAAACUGCUGAACCCGGAUCGAGUCAGACAACCACACGUAACAUUGGCGUUCAGUGUGUCCUUACUGCCCAGGCUUUGCCCCUGGAUGUGGAGCAGCACCUGCGUGUGGCGGACCAGGGCACGGUGGACGGGAACUCACAGAUGGCCUUCAUACUCAUUAAACAGGAGGUUGACUGGGAGGCGGACUGCUCCGACGAGUACUCCCCGGGGUACAUACUGCUAAAGCAGGAGGGAGGAGAACCUCCGACCCUGGUCCGUAGACAGCCUCUCAGGGAGUUAUCAAGCCGAGCAGCUCUGGUCCCUCCUCGAGCCGCCGGUGCCCGGGUCGACUGCCACACCCAGGACAAGCCCCCCGGCGCCUGGCUUGACCCGGCGAUGGCGACGCUGCAGGCCCAUCGGGAUAGCCCGGAGGCCCGCCAGUCCAACAGCCCGACCCGGCCCAGAGAGACGACAGGUGGCGGCUGUGGCCGGAACCAGGCCGGUGGAGCGGGACAGCGGUUGCUGGCGGUUCCGGCGGUGGGACACGCCACACCGUCUCCGCCGUCGCCAGCCGGUCACCGCGACCCGCUCGCCAGUCAGUCCACAUCGGCGACGGCCCGAAUGAGCGCCGCACCGCGGCCUGCUGUAGCAGACCGGUCCACGGCACCAGGGUGCUCAUCAUCUGUCCCCCCUGGGUUAGCCGCCGCCGCCCCUCUUCAAGACCCUCGGCCGGUCCGCGUACCCCCUCGCCCGCCCCGGCCUCCUCGCCCGCCACCAGCGCGGUCACACGCAGACGUACUGCCAAUCACUCCCGCCGUCCCGCCGACCCGACCGCCAAUGGUGUCGGAUCCGUCGGGUUUGGCCGCAGCGCCGCCGCCGCCGGGCUAUUCCAGCCGGGUCACGGAGCAUGUGCGCUCAACCUCGCAGCGGGCGAAGUCACAGGAAGUCGCGUGUGAGACGUCAUCCGAGGGCGCCCUCAUGUGGUCGUCCACUGGAGCCGCCCCCCCUGCUGUUAGUCACAUCUCUAAGACACAGUUCUUGGCUCAGUUGUCCGUGGCGCCCCUAGUACGCACGCCGCUGGGGGUUGGUGAGGAUGACGAGGGGGUGGGGCUCUCCCCCUGCCACGCCGUCGCUACGGAAGCAGUGGUGACCCGGUCUGUGGCCACGGAGACGAGCCCCGCUGAUGAGAAGCAGGUCGUUGUGGGGGGCGGCGGCAGCCAAAAGAAAAGACGGCACGAAGCUAUCCUGACCGGGCUCCGCCUCCGCUUGAGGCCCCGCCCCCGAGACGGCACGCCUACUCCUGCCGUUGCAAAGCAGCAUAGAAAAGAUGAAACCUCACCGCUCGAUCAUGACUACUCAAAGAUGAUGCAGAACGGAGGAGAAAAGUCCAGCGGGCCACACGUUAGUGAUGACCACGGUGUAGAGGACAUCGCUCAUGAGGCCAUGACCGAAGACGACUACAGUAGACCAGGAAGUAGCAACCAAGCUGUCAGUGAGGAAGAGGAAGGAGGAGCUAACGGUGAUGUUGCCAGGCAGUCACCUAUCGGUGAUGGAGGAGGCGUGUCCAAAUCCAGGAAGAGAAGCAUGACGUGGGUGCAGGCUCAACGAGGAUUGGCUCUAGCCCAAGCAAAGAGGAGCAGGUCAAAGGUCACCAAGGCCUCACAGAGAGGCCUGCGGUCAGAACUCAGAGGUCUGGUCACUCAGGCCCAGUUCCUGGCUUCCGCCCCGCAGCGCCGCCGGUCACACAGCUCCAGUCCUCACGCCUCCGCCUCCAGCCCGCGUCGCACCAGCCCGCGGCAACCCAUAGGCUCCACCGUCAGCACCUCCCCCACCACCCCAACCCACCCACAGCCCGACAUGUUAAAGGACCCGUCCACCACCCCUCGCCCCGCAAAAGACCCUUCGGCCACCCCUCGGCGCGGACGACCUCGUUUGUCCACCGCGGCGGUUUUAAAUUUGACACGGGUCCCCACCGUGCCUCAGCCAAUCCCGUUCGCCGGGGGCCCACGGACCAGCUUCAAAAUGUCCCCGCAGAGCCCGUUGAUCCAGCAGGCGUGGCGGUGCCGCCAGUCACAACCGGUGUGGACUCCGCCGGGGCCAUUCCAGUCGCCGCAGUCUCCGCGUAAAUGCGUGAAGAACCAGUGCACGGACUGCGGUCGCGUCCUGAGCAGUCCCGCCGCUUUACUGAGCCACGCCUCCCUACACAGAGGCGAGCGCCCGUUUGCCUGCUCCACCUGUGGCAAGGACUUCCCCGACCUCAAGGGCCUCAACCGCCACGCCCGCGUCCAUGUCGACCAGCGGGGACACCAGUGUCCGCAGUGCGGCAAGACCUUCGUCUACCGCUUUGGCCUCACCAAGCACCAGCAGGUGGUCCACAGCGGCAUACGCCCGUUCGUAUGCCAGAUCUGCGACAAGCGCUUCGUGAUACGGCGCGACCUCGAGACGCACCUGCGCGUUCACACAGGGGAGAAACCGUUCGCCUGCUCCCUCUGCGUGAAGCGUUUCAAAAGGCGUGUGGAGCUAAACGUUCAUAUCAGGUGGCACAACGGGGAGAAGCGGCACUGGUGCGCGUACUGCGGCAAAGGCUUCCUGGAUUACAAUAAUCUGAAGAGACACAAACUGGUCCACACCGGAGAGAAACCCUACACCUGCUCUGAAUGUGGCAAGCACUUCAAGCAGACUGGUCAUCUGAAGAAACACCUGAAGAAUGUACACAAAGUCAGAUAAGAGGGUGGGAGGUACGUUUAAAUGGCACUUAUUUGAACCAGAACCCAUGGCAAUGUACCCUGGUCCCCAGUAGUGCUCCAUAUUGGAACAGAGUUUUGUACCAUGGUUAAUAUGAGAGAAUAGUGCUAUCUGCACUGCCCUGCUGUUAGUUUUUAAGAAAGCGGGGAUCCCAAUCUAUUCUCAUUGGGAUGGGGAAGGACCUGUUGUGUUACAUUUGGGGUUGUGUUUUGUGAUUAACAAGAGUAGUUCUGUGAGGGAAAGGUUAGGCAACAUGUUUAAAAAAAGUAAAAACAAUUUUUUUGAAUAACAGUUGAGUUUUUAUUUAAAGCUCAUUAUGGCUAUUUGUCCAGUUUUUGUUAAUUAUAUUUAUUAGGAAAGUUAGAAGCCUAACAUUUAAAUUGGAGUGUGCUGCACUUCAUGUUUUUUUAUGUUCUGCAAGUUUUGAACUAGCGGCUUUUUUGUGUUGUUUUAAUGAUAUUUCUAUUUAAGAUGUUUAUUGUCUUUUAUUUCCUUUUGAUCAGUUGUUUCUCCUUAGUGGGGUAAUGGGUCAUGUAUAGAAUACAUUUUUGGGGGACGAUGGAUUCGACCCUUAAAGAUAACUUAAAGUAUAUUUUAGGUUUUAACCUGUUUAAUGUCUAAUAAGUUUUCAGGCCAGACAAAUUGUAUAAAUUAUUAGAAGCGAUUGAAUACGCUUGGAAGGAUGCACUGUCUCAGCUUCUGGACAAGUUGGACCUAACACCUGUUUGUUUCCCAUAUCAGAUCUUGAUGUAUUAGGAGGGGUGUUCUGUCAGAUUUGCUAACUACACUGUAAUAUUGUGUGUAAAAAGAAAAGGAAUUGUUCUGUCACCUCUGGUUCUGUUUGAGAGAAUAAAAGUGAAUGUUUUAUUUUGA